CGUUGGUCGAGACAUUGCCUUGUCAACUUGAUCAUCUUAUAAAGCUUGAAAUUCAUUCAUGCCAACAAUUGAAUAACUCAACCAGUGAGUUAUGUCUUCCAUCUCUCGAUGAGUUAUACCUUGAGGAUUGUAGUAAGGAGGUCUUAAAGAGCUUGUUCAAGCUAACUUCUUUGACAGUUCUCAAAAUUAACAAACUCAGAGAGCUUGUUUCCUUUGAUCAUCGGUUUAUGCGUUGCUUGGGCAAGCUAAAGAAGCUUCACAUAGGAGUGUGUGACAAGCUAACAUGCUUGUGGCAAGAUGGAGAUGAAACACAAAAUCUCACUUGCCUCCGAGGAAUUAGUAAUAAAAAAUUGUCCUCAAUUCAUAUCUUUUGUGGCAGGAGACGGAGAGAUAGAGCUACCCUGUAAUCUUGAAAGGAUGGAAUUGGUGGAUUGCACAAGUUUAGAAAAUCUUCCAAGCAAGAUGCACGCACUCAAACAUUUGGUGAUUGAAAAUUGUCCAAAAAUCAUGGCUCUAAACAUUCCUCAAGGUGACUCGAGCAGCAAUAAUUCGAUUUCUCAACUUGAAUCUCUUAAGAUACAUCACUAUGAUUCUUCGAUGUCCUUUUCAUUUGCCAAGGGUAGACUUGCUCCUCUGAAGGCACUUGAUAUAUUUGAUUGCAAGGGAGUGGAGUCGUUGGAAGGGAUUGCCGUAGAAUCGCUUGAAACAAUGAUAAUUAACAUGUGUCAAAAUAUGGGAAGCUUACCACAGUGCCUUCACACGCUCUCCCAUCUCACUCGAUUGGAUAUUUAUAAUUGUCCAGCAUUGGAGAUAGAGGACUUCCCUCCCCUUCCCGUCACCCUCUCGAGUCUUGAUCUUAGAAAUUGUUCUAAGAUAAAGUCUAUUGCCAACUGUAACAUUGCCAACUGUAACAAUCUCAUUGAAUUGAAAAUAUGGCAGUGUCCGCUAUUAGAGAUAGAGGACUUCCCACCCCUUCCCAUCACCCUGCAGAGUCUUGAACUUUGGGAUUGUCCGAUGAUAAAGUCCCUACCAAAUAAGUGGCAUCAUCUUACCUCCCUCCAAAAGCUAAGAAUUUUAUAUUGCCAAAAUAUCAAAUGCUUCCCCAAAGGAGGUCUGCCUCCCAAAUUGCGAGACCUUGAAAUUAAGGGGCUCGUGGCUCUGAAGCCGCCAGUGAGAGAGUGGGGCUUACCCCUGCUCACAUCUCUCGAGAGUCUGUGUGUUGAGUUUGGCAUGAGAGGGGAGGGAGAGAAGGAGUGGUUUCCUUCGGACGAUAAGGAUGCUUGGAGUCUCUUUCCUUCCUCUCUUACCUCUCUUCAGAUAUAUGAUUUGAGAAACACGGAAAGACUAUCGAGCGGUCUCUGCAACCAUCUCUCCUCUCUUCGAUUGUUUUUAAUUAGAGAUUGCCCCAAGUUGAGGUACUUGCCAGAGGAUGGCUUCCCUCCCUCCCUCCAAAACUUGCGCAUAUUUGGAUGCGAGAUUCUGAAAGAGCGAUGCGCAAAACUCACUGGCGACUAUUGGCCCCUCAUCCAAGAGAUCCCUGAGGUUCACAUCUGGUGAAUUGAUUCGUGCAUCUACACUACAGUGAGUUUUCUUAGGGUUCGAAUACCAUUGUGAUCUUGCAUUGGCAGAAUCUCUUGGAAUGAUCACGUGCGAACGCUGCUAAGGCUGCCUACCUUCGGGUUUCCAUCAUCAGCGGUGACCAUGUGGCAUUCUUCCCAAAAGGAGUUCCAGAACAAAAUGUUCGAGCUGACAUGGGUUCCUUUGGAGUAACUAGAAAUCUUGUGAUUCAACCAAUUUGUAUCUUGCCUGGUAGUUAGAAAAGCAAAGUUGCAUUUGCCAAGAUAACUUUCAAGCAACCUCACAUAGUUUUGCUUGACGACCCAUCCUAUCAUUUGGAUUUGGAUGUGGCUGAGGCGCUCAUUCAAGGUCUGGUCUUGUUCCAAGGAUUAAUUCUGAUGGUUGGUCACGAUGAGCAUCUAAUAGCUAGAAGCUUGGAUGAGGUCUGGGUGGUUUCACAAGGCAAGGUGGCACCUCUCCAUGGGAAUUUCUAGGACUAUAGGAAUGUACUCCUAUUUUUAUUGAAUCAGGGAUUUUCGAUCGAAAAGCUUCGAGCUCACUUGUGUUCCUUUGGUGUAAUUGGACAUCUUGCACUUCAACCAAUGUAUACCUUUAUGAUACAUUGCCUCCCUCUCCGCUACCGUUGCAUAUGUAAAUUAUUUUUGAAGCAAUUGUUUUAUGACAUUGUGAAGCCCUAAUAGAGGUGCUCAGAAAGGCAACGUUGCAUUUGCCAAGAUAACUUUGAAAAAGCCUCACAUAGUUUUGCUUGAUGAGCCAUCCAAUCAUCUGUUUCUUGUCCAAGGAUGGGUGAGUGCGACUCUGCUGUUUUGCCUAUCCACAACUGGAGGAUUUGGAUGUGGCUGAGGUGCUCAUUCAAGGUCUGGUCUUGUUCUAAGGAGCAAUUGAGAUGCUUAGUCACGAUAAGCAUCUAAUAGCUGGAAAGUCAGAUGAGGUCUGGGUGAUUCCACAAGGCAAGGUGGCACCUAUCCAUGGGAAUUUUCAGGACUAUAGGAAGGUACUCCAGUUUUUGUUAUAUCAGGUCAUCAUUGAAAAUGAGAAGCUUUCUUUCUCCCAAUUGCUACGGUGCAGAUGGACAAACGGAACUGAUAGCAGAGGUUUGAGUAAGCAAAUGUGACAGCUAAAUUCUGAAUGAGCCUACAGGUCAAAACAUGACGGGGAACGGGAAGGAGGAUGUUUCUUUGAGGACUUGCGUCUGCUAUGAGAUAUUCUGAUUCCAAGAAGAUCGUCACUUAGCAUCACUCAUGAUUAACUCCUUGAAGGGGGCAAGCCCCACCACAUUUACCCCCAUCGAGGUGCUGAAGGUCCAGAACCAUUCACACGUGACAACAUACACGCAUUUCCAUUGCAAUUGGUUUCAAUCUCAUGAGCUCACAUGUUGAAGAUAUACCUUGAAUUCAGGCAAAUGAAGGGAAUUUGAUCCAAAAAGGAAAUGUGCUACUAUGGCUUCCAUGAUAUACAAUAUUGAGGAAUACUGCUACAUGAAUUCUAUUAUUGGACACUUCUGUUACAUUAUAAAGUUAUUGCCUGCUAUAUGAGGUUUUUGCCAUGACAAUCAUUUCCAUGUUGAGGAGCGAAACUGUUUUUCUACUUCUUCAUCGUCAGACCCUGCUUGAGACACUGUCUCAAAAACUACUUUUAGCAGAGACUUUUGAUCUGGAGCUGCUGCGAAUUGAGCUUGAUGUUGACAUUUGUGGAGGAAAAUUUGAGGUUGUCCUGGUAGUCUGUGGCUUUGACCGAGUAGGAUCUACAGCGAACCAUAACCGCUUCUUCAUUUGCGAAUUGAGG